AUGACUCCGUCAGGCAUAGCUUCGAUCAUCCAGCUUUCUGCACGAUGCGCCCUACUGCGACAGAUCGGCCCUAGUGUAGACGAGAGAAAAGACUCUUCGGCCAAAGUGGUCGCCGCGUCUUCGGUGUCUGACUUGGCCGAUACCCCGCACGCAAACAUCGUUCGUGAUUGGACAUUCAAGGUGGCAUCAUACAAGACGGAAUACGCCGAUGCGACCAGCCCCGAGCGUCCAAGGGAUCACCAUCCUCUUCUGAUCUCACUCAGCUCAAGUGCGAAAAAUUCCUUCCAUGAUCUGCCGCGCGUGACUGAUUUCGUCUCGGCUCAUCCUGGUGGUGCAAAUGUGAUCCUCAAGUGGGCAGGCAAGGAUGCGACGGAAGAAUUCGAUCCAGUUCAUCCGCCUGGAACUCUCGAGGAAAACCUGAAGCCCCAGGCUCUCUUAGGAUCAAUCAAUUCCGCUUCUGUAGAAGAAGCAAGGCGGCAAGUUGAUCCCUCUGUACAGCUGGAGCAAGAUCCGCCCAUGCACAGCCUUCUCAAUAUGGAUGAGAUUGAGCAGCUUGCCACGAAGAAACUGAGCAAAAAGGCAUGGGCCUACUACUACUCGGCUGCCGAUGACAAAAUCACAAAAAGUCUGAACACGCAAGCAUAUAGGUCAAUUCUUCUACGCCCGAGGGUCUUUAUCAACUGCACGGAAUGCAGCCUAGAGACCCUGCUGAUGGGGAAUAAAGUGAGCCUGCCGAUUUUCGUCUCUCCUGCCGCGCAAGCCCGACUGGGCAAUCCAGCGGGGGAAGCUGGAAUCGCCGAAGCCUGCAGGAGUCUCGGCGCUCUCCAAGUCAUUUCCAAUAGUGCAUCGAUGACACCAGAACAGAUUGUUGCCGAUGCUUCGCCGGAACAAUCUUUCGGAUGGCAGCUGUACAUCCAAGAUGAUCGAUCGAACAGUGAGAAAAUGAUCGCUCGCGUGAACAAACUCAAGGCUAUCAAAUUCCUUGUCUUGACGCUCGACACGCCCGUCAUGGGUAAACGCGAGGAUGACCAACGCUUUGGCAAUGUUAUCAGUGAUAUCACCGAAGCGUCAUCCUCAGAGGGCUCCAAGGAAAAGAUGGAAAAGAAGGUGUUCGCCGGAAUGGAUCCAUCACUAACGUGGACCGAGACUCUUGCCUGGCUGCAAGAGCGCACUCAUCUCCCGAUUGUUCUCAAAGGGAUUCAGACUCAUGAAGACGCGUACAUAGCUAGUUUGCACCGCUCGCAGGUGAAAGGAAUCAUUCUCUCAAAUCACGGAGGACGAUCACUCGACACUUCCCCUCCAGCCGUACACACUUUGUUUGAGAUGCGGAAAUAUUGUCCCGAGGUUUUUGACAAAGUCGAAGUUUGGGUCGAUGGAGGAGUCAGAAGAGGCACAGAUGUUGUCAAGGCUCUAUGUUUGGGUGCCAAGGGUGUCGGUCUUGGCCGACCGCCACUGUGGGGAUUGGCCGCUGGGGGGGUUGAGGGUGUGAAGAGGACAUUGCAGAUUCUGGCGGAUGAAACCAAGACUUGCAUGCGACUGCUCGGAGUGCAAAGAGUUGAGCAAUUGGGACUGCAUCAUAUCAAUACACGAAUGUUGGAACAACAAGUCUACGAUGGGCCGUCCGGCCUAGGCACUUGUCGAGCACAAUUUGCCUCCAAGCUCUAG